AUGUCCUCCAUCCAGUCCAUGUUACUAGCCUCAUGUCUCCUAUGCUUCCCCUCUCCAGCCUUGCUUUGGGUUUUGCCCCACACAGGUUGGUCCAAUGAGGUGGAGGGUAAGGAGAACUGCCCACCGUGCCAGGAGUACAGCUGCCCCUCAGUGCCCCAGCGCUGCCCGGCUGGCAAGGUAAAGGAUCCUUGUGGCUGCUGCUGGGAGUGUGCCAAUGUGGAGGGGCAGCUGUGUGACCUGCCAUGGCAGUGGCACCGUUAUGGCACCUGUGGAGAGGAGCUGCAAUGCCAGGUGAUGUCCGGCGGACACAGUGCUGAGCCCCAGUGCGUCUGCUCAACUCAGGAGAGCGUGUGCGGAACAGACCGCAGGACCUACAAAAACAUCUGCCGUCUACAGGAGGCCGCACGCACCCGCAGGAGGAUAGUCCUCAGCCUGGCACAUACUGGCCCAUGCCAAGAAGCUCCGGUUCUGCUCAGUUCUCCUCAUGACACAGUGGCUGUGAUUGGUCAGAGCAUCAUUCUGGGCUGUGAAGUGUCUGCCCAACCAGUAGCCGAGAUGGAAUGGAGGAAGGAAGAGAUGGAAAGACCACUUCCAGGGGAGCACAGCCAUAUCAUAAUACAGUCUCGUGGAGGGCCUCAACGACAUCAGGUGACUGGUUGGCUGCAGAUUCAUAAGGUCAAGCAGAGGGAUGCUGGCUUAUACAUCUGCCGGGCUUGGAACAUGUUUGGAGAGGUGUCCAGCUCAGCAAGACUACGUGUCAUUUCACCAGAUUCUCCACUAGCCUCUGAAAUCUCCCAUCAUCUGGUUGGGGUGUUCGAUGUAUCAGAUGAUGAAGAUGACCCUUCCAGAGAAGGGCCUUCAGGAUCUCAUGAGUGAAGAUGGGCAGAGGACUAAGCAAUUUGUGUGGUCAGGCACAGAAUCAAUAGCCAUUAUGUUAUCUGGGAGAAGAUGCUGAGAUAGGUCGUGAUGCCACCAGUAAUGGACAGAAUGGAGCUGCUCCAAGGUUGGGUGAACAGCACAUGCUGAUGGGUCAGGUGGGACCUUCCCCAGUUCAUACAGAGUGCAGACCCAUGGGUCUCCAUGACCUUUAAUGCUGGACAUAAGAGGAGGAUGUAUGUUCCCCGUAUUGUAGUGUAAAUAAUGUGACAUACGGGGGCCACUGAUGAUGUCACAUGACCUUGCGCCAUGCACUGGUCCAUCAGGUCAUUGGCGGGUC